AUGGUAGGCGGUUUCGCAUGGGAAAAAGAAUAUAAAAGAACUUGGUUAGAUGAUGAAAGAAGUGAUACUAUAAAAGAGUUUAAAUUGAAUAAAUUUGUUUAUAAUGAUAGGAAAAAAGGAGUUUUGCGACAUUUACAUAUUUUAAUUGACAUUUCUAGUUCUAUAGAUAAAAACGAUUAUUUACCUUCGAUAAGAAAAAAUGUUAUUAGAUCUUUAGAGAAAUUUAUACCAACUUUUUUUCUUGAGAAUCCCAUUUCUGGAUUAUCUUUUUCAACGGUCAAUGAAAAAACGGUAAAAUCUACAAAUAGCGUAGAAAUUGCAGAUCUUUUAAAUCAGAAGGGAGAAGGAAAUUUUUCACUACUUAAUGGAUUGUAUGAUGCCAUUGACCAAAUAAAAUCUUAUACAUUUUGUAGAGAAAUUUUAGUUAUUGUGUCAAGUUUGGUUCUAAAAGAUCCCGAUUCUUACACUGAUGUUAUUGAUUUACUGCGUAAACAUAACAUUAAAGUUAAUAUUAUUAGUUUAUGUGGAGAACUAAUGAUUUAUAAAAAUAUUGUUGAAUCAACAGGUGGUAAAUUUUUUGUUCCGCUAAAUAUUGACCACUUUAAUUACAUUCUUAGGUGUAUGACCGUACCAGGAGAACUUAAUAGUAGUACUAUUAACUUGAUUAAGCUUGGCUUCCCUAAAGUGAUUUAUGAGGAAGGCGUAUGUGCCUGUCAUUUACAACUGCAAAGUGUGGGUUAUGAAUGUCCAUUGUGUAAAACCUUUAUUUGUUCUUUACCCAUGGGGUGCCCCAUUUGCGAAUUGCAACUUGUCAGCUCUUUAAAUAUUGCAAAAGCUUUUCAACAUAUGUAUCCAUUAGCACCUUUUACGAAGUGUUGUAAUGGCGUAUGUUUUGUAUGUAACAGCCCUGGAAAUUUUUCUUGCGAAAAAUGUAAUUCCGUUUACUGCGAUAGUUGUGAUUUAUUUGUACACAACAAUCUUAACUUUUGUUUGGGAUGUAAAAAUUAA